AUGGCUCAAGCUGUGUCUAAAACAUGUGAAAUGUGCAUGAGUGCCGCUGGAUCACAAUAUUGUUUAGACUGUGAGGAAUAUCAUUGUGCAAACUGUAAGUUGCUACAUUAUAGGCAGAAAUUAUCGAGAACCCAUCAGUUUCAGAAAGCCUCUGACCUGAUCCCAGAGGGUACAUCUAAAUGUAAUGAACACAAAGAAGAAUUAACCUUGAUGUGUAUUACAUGUGGUGUACUAGUAUGUACUAGUUGUGUUACCGGAAAACACAAUGGUCAUACAUUUUCUAAAUUUUCAGAAGUAAUUGCUCAAUUACGAGGGGAAAACGAUACACGAAUAAAUAGCAGGAGAAGGGAAGCAAACCAACAUAAGAAAAAUAUUGAGCAGAGCUUGAUAUGGUUUGACAAUGCCGUUGAGUCUGUUAUAAUGACCAUCACUGAAGAAAGCACCAUGAUUAAACGUAUGGUUGACAAAUCCAUAGCUGAGAUGAUUGCCUUAGUUAAAGAACAAUCCCAGAAGGAAAAAUACAAGCUUAUACAUAUGAUGUCUGAGGCUGAAUCCGUACUUGAUGCUGGAUUAAAAUUAGACAAGGACAGACAAGAACUAGAUAAGAUGAAACAAGACAGGACAAUGAUACAAAAAAUUAACAAUCUGAAAGAAGAGAUCAACAAACUAAAGAUAGACUAUCUUACUGAGUUUCCGUAUAUAUCUUACAAUAGCAAAUAUGUAAAUGAAGAUGACAUAAGGAAACGGAUAGGCACCUACAAUAUCAGGUAA